GAGAGAGAGAGAGAGAGAGAGAGAGAGAGAGAGAGAGAGAUGGAGGAGAGCAAGAGAGAAGUAAAACACAUAGUGUUGGCAAAGUUCAAAGAAGGCUUAUCUAAGGAAGAGAUUGAAGAAUGCAUCAAACAGUUUGCCAACCUUGUCGAUCUUGUUCCUUCUAUGAAGGCUUUCAAAUGGGGUAAAGAGCUGAGCAUUAUAAACUUUCAUCAAGGUUUCACACAUGUCUUUGAAUCAAUAUUCGAGACUACAAAAGGCGUUGAAGAUUAUCUUUCUGAUCAAAAUCACGUUGACUACGGAAACUUUUUGAUGCCUCAACUAGACAAGUUCCUUAUAAUCGAUUUCGAGCCCACGAAGGUCCAACCCUAAAUUACCAAGGGUGUGACUAAUACUAUAUAAAUAUAUCUAUCUAGUUUCCAUUUAUGUUGAUCAAAUAAAAGUUGUCAUUUUGUUGACAAUGUGUUCUCUAAUUGCAUCUCUAUUUCAAGAUUGUAUUUCUUUUGGUUAUAUAUGGAACUUUU